AUGGCCGGCUCCCGCUUUAUGAUGCACACCAAGAAGAGCCCAAAGCAACAGACAAUUAUAGCCAUGCUUGGGAAACCACUGCCUGGCACCCAGCUGGGGUCAGAUGCCUCGAGUGCGGCAAUCAACGUCAGCAACGAUAGCAGCGAUGAUGAUGAUGACCUGCCUAUCCGUAGCCGCAGACGCCGGACCAGUAAUACUAUUCAUUGGUCGGACAACCACCCGGCAGAAGACGCACCGUCUCCAUACUGCUUGUCAACCUCAAAAAUCGUUGCAAGAUCGUCACCGGGUCCUAGCACAGCCAGGAAGAGGACAGUCCUCAGCUCCGAUAACGAGAGCUCGGGUGGUACGAUAGAGGCAGAGGGAGACAAGCCUUCAUCGUCGACUUUGCCGAGCCGCCCUGCGAACGGCAUCAUCGUUCUUAGCGAUGAUAGCGACAGUGAUGAAGACAUUCGUCCUGCGAAAAGAAGGCGUCGGAGUUUGAAACAAAGCAGUCCCCAUGACAGCGAUCGAAACGAUGCUGGUAGCGACGACGCUGGCCAGGCCGUGGUAACUCCCCCUCGAGCCAAGCAGUCGAGCCCUGUCAACCGUGCGGCAGGAUCACGGUCUGCACGAAAAAGUGCACGCUCUGUGCGCCAGCGACAUAUGGAGCUUCUACGGCGACGGAAAAGGGGAGAAAAGGUGACAGAGAGCGAUUUGGCAACCGAGUCUUCGGAUGAAGAAGCCCAGGUGGCUCUUUACGACACCGAUCCGGAGCACGAUGCUUUGUCUGAGUUUGAAGACGAGGAGGAGGGGGAACAAGCCGAUGUCGCGACGCCCAGUAGGGCAGCGAAGCCGAAGCAAAAGGGCAAGGGGAAAGACAAGCAGAAGGACAAGCAGAAGGAAAGGGGCAAAAGGAGAAAAGAGCCUGCAGUGGGGGAACUAGGUCGCGCUUACGACAGCGAUUCCGAGAACAUACUGAGUCCACUACAGCAGCAGGAAGACGAAAGCGAGGAGGACGAUGAAGACUUUAUCGAUGACAGCCAUGUUGGGCUCAUCGGCGAGCCGGACGAGGAGAUGUUGCGUCGUGAGAUGCCUUUACAGUUCACGUCGCAGUCGCGGCAGCCGCUGAAGAACCACUUCAAAGACGCGAUCGAAUGGCUCGUGCAUCGACGCAUCGACCGGGGUGGCGCACAAAACGACGACGAGAUAUACCGGCUAGCCUGGGACCGGCUAGACCGCGAGCUGGGCGGGCGGGCGCAGUCGCGGUUCAUUUCGUCGAGCUGGACGCCGGCGUUCCGCGGUGCGUUGCAGGCGAGGCCUUACAUGGACAGCUACAAUUUGAGGCCGGGAAAGUAUUCUGGCGGUACUGAAGGCAGCCUCACUUCCGAUACGGACGUCUGCCACGCCUGUGGCCGCAGCAACCACCCGGCUUCGUACAUGGUCCUUUUCAGCGGGCCGGUCUACGACCUGAACACGCUGGACGAUGUGGACGACGGCGGGGAUGAAGAUGGAGAGGGCGAGGGCAACGGCGAGGAGGAUGAAGAGCCUGUGGACAUGCACGGGAACCCGAUUGCGCCGGUGUCGCAGCGUUGGCUUGUUGGAGGCGUUUGCCACAGCAACGCGGAGACAGCGCACGAUCUGCUGCACUGGAAGCGGGCACUGAAGGACUGGGUGGACGAGAAACUGAAGGAGGACGGGCAGCUGGAGCCGCAGCGGCUUCAGGAGCGCGACGAGAUGAAGCCGCGGAGGCGCCGCGUGCUGGUGCACAGCAUUGUCGACGGGUGGCUGGCGGCCGGGACGAUCAACGAGCUAUACGGCGACUUUGUCAAGUUGUUGGAUGGCGCACGGGCGAAAUCGACCAAGACGGUGCGGUUUGGGCGCAGUAAUGUUCGUGCAUGA